AUGGAUUUGUUGAAGAAAAUUGUAAACUUUUAUUUCGAAAGUGAAAAGCCUCCACAGGAGCCUUUACUAAAGAAAGUGGAGACUCGGUUCGAGUUCCGCAAGCAUGGGAAAAAUUUGGAUGAUUUCAAAGAGAAGUUUCCCAAGGUUUUAAAUCACGAGGCCCAAACACUCAGAACGAUCGGUUUCAAAAUCCUGGACGAUUUGUUUCAAGUGAGUGAGCUCCAACUUCCAAAUGAGAAUGCAGCGCCAAAUAUCAAGAGUCUUGUUGAUUCUGGACGUUCAAAACACGGCAUUCCUUCAUUUGGGCAACACCCUCCUUCGGAUACCGAUAAAGUGGUUUUCCUUGUCCGUUCCACGAGAAUAACGUUUGCAUGGUCCAAUCAUGACAUGUUGAUGCCCAUUGUUGGAAGCUGCUUUUUUGAAAAGGGGAAAGAAAUUAAUGAUUUCCCGGGCCCUAAAUUUCCAAUGACCCAUCUGAUCUACGGAGUUGGGUCCGAGAUGAAUACAGGCUCAAAGCACAAAUUAAAUGAAGACAUCACGCUUUCGUUCAAUGCCGAAUUCAAGCAGGCGUCAUGGUUUUGUCAGAAAGCUUAUCAUCGUAUUGUGCUUCCAGAAAUGGCACUUCCAGACUUUCUUUCAUUGAAAUUCAGUGUUUCAGAACCAGGUGAAAUAGACAGUGAUCCGUUCGUAAUCACCGACAUUUGCAUCGAGCUCCAGGAGUUUGUCAGUGUCCAUGAGGAGGGACAUUUUUUCAAAGACGUCCGUUCCACGUUGUUGGUCAAAAAGGCACCUUUUGAAAUGAUGUAUCUUUCUGAAGGCGCCUUGGAAAUCCCGUCACACCUUUUCGCCACAAAUUUGCCUGACAUUGGACCUUCCUUUUUUGUCGAGGACCUCACGAGAAGUUACGGGUUAAACAUAACCGUAAAGGUGAAUUACAAGGACUGUCCAUACAUUUGCGCCACGGCAUUUAUGGAGUUGAACGUGGCAAAAGAGCAGAAGGAGGAGUUUGAUAUGUUGGAAAUCGACGAACUCAGCUACUAUGGAUGGGACUUUUUCUCCACUGUUCGUUAUUUCCAGGCCCCUUCGGGAGGAAAAAGUGAAGAUGAACAAUUCUUGAAGUUACCCGUUGCCAGACCACGCAAACAUCUCGAGGGCCUUUAUCAACUGAAGGCAGAAAAUCAGGAACAGCUCCUCAGUUCAAGGGUCCGUCAGCUCACAAGAAUCACCAAAAAACCAGUUUCUGGAGGCGACGCAACAAACUCAAACAAGCCCUAUGCCUCGAGGUGCUUGUUGGUUGAAGACGAGAUUGUUCAAGCUGUCGACCUCGACUACCGACCAGUGAGAGCUAUGAGAGAUCAAGUUUUCUUUAUUGGAGACGAUUGUGUGCCGCUUUCUAUUCGUUUUACAGCUACCAAACACGGACGUUUCAAGCAGUCACACGGAUGGAGCGGUGAAGCAAUUGCAGUUCCUGGAAUGCACUUAUCUGAGCUUGUGGAUGUCACGCUUAUGCUUCCACUGAGCUCAGAGGACUUGGUGGAAGAUAUCCAGUUCAAGCACAUGAAGGUGUAUUUCAAGACCGUGAAGGCAGGCCAGGUUUGGAAAGCGGGAUUGUUGUUUGAGGAGCACAAUUUCCUGCCCUUCAAGGUCAGUGACUUUAAAGAAGCUGUUCCUGGUGACCCUUCGGCUUGUGCUGUUACGCUUUCUAAAGCAGUUCUCAAAGGCAAAAUUCCCGAAAGCCUCGAGCCAAGUUCCUGGAAUGUGUGUCAUUUUUUGGAAGUCCACUUUUCCGUGAACGAUAAGGAUGACGAGCGUGGCUGGGGACAACAGAUAUUCAUUGCCCUGGAGCUGCAAAAGGAAACGGACCCUACCCUGAAACUGCAAUUGGAGCGUGGCCACUGUCCUGAAACUGCAAGAGGAAUGUGGGACUUCGGUUGCUGA